CUGUUCCUGUUUUGACAGCGUUUGGGCUGUAUUACGAAUGAUAUGAAGGGUGUUUAUUUUUAUUCGUUGCGGAACUUUUAUUAAAAGAACUAGCAGAGCAAAAUAGAUGCCGUUUUUGCAGUUGAGUUCUGUGGCCAGGCUGACAUCCCCUCGAAGAAAGUAUAUGCAACUACAAGAUGACUAAUUACCUAAAAAUUCAUUAAUUAACCCUUUAUUUAGAGAAUUUCGGGCAAAAGCGGGAGAUCAGAAUGAGAGACCAUUCUAGUUGAAAGCCAUUCCACGUUUAAAAAAUCCUGAAGCACGCACGUGCGUGAAGGUAACCAUCCCCGAAUUUUCAACUGCAAAGACGGUAUCUAUUUUGCUCUGCUAGUUUUUUAAUAAAAAUUAUGUAACAAAAUAACACCCUGUAUAUACGAAAGAGUGAAAAACCACAAUUGAUAACAAAAACUGAUACGACAAAAACCACAACGAGAUGUCCCUGCUAUGUAUGGCGGGACCACGCAAAAACAGUUGCCACGGAAUGACCACCCGAAUUCGCCAUAAAUUAAACGAGAACCUGAUCAGUCGCCGCCGGUUUAUCCGCUUAUACAUCUUCUUGUCACGAACAGAAGUCUUAUAUGUUUCAAACACGUGAACGUAACUUGAUUUAGAGCACUUGAAACGCCAGCCAAAAUGGGCGCUCAAGUGAAUGCUUUUUCAAUGACGUGUACGCCGGAAACCCGAGACAGGGGAAAAGCUAACAGACGGGGUCUGACAGACAUCGCGCCAUAUUGAAUCAGCUACUGUUGCCGCGGCGCAUGCAAACAAAGGAAUCCAGUAAGCAUACAGCAAACAUAACGCCAAAAAUGUUUUGGAACAGUAACACACCGCCAGAACCCAUGAAACCGGGAGAUAUGUGAAAACACAUACACACACACGAAGGAACAGACACGACACGGUCGCCACAUGGGGACGCCGUCUCCGCUGCAUAAACCAGCCUUGACUACAAGCCUGGAUAGGGGCGGACACUGAAAAAAUAUUUAGCCGACGGAAGUAGAGAAGCAACCGAGCAAGUGUUGCAACAGUUUUUGGAACUGUGGCUGCUUUCACGGGCUGGAAAUACACGACGUUCCCUCGGCCGAUUCAAUAUGGCUGCCUCCGAGCGCAUACAUUGAGAGAGGGGAGAGCCCCGUCAAGUGCUUUGCUCUCCUCCGAUCCUCCUCCCCAGCUUUCCUUCCAGCCUCUCUCCGUAAGAUUUCUAUGUUGUCAUUAUGAACCAGCUAGUCUUUCCCUUUCUACCCCUUUCCCUGUUAUCGAUAACGCUGUAGGGGCCGGCGUGCGCAAUCAUUAUCAUCCGCUGGCAACUUGUCAGAGCAGUAAUCGCUGCUGGGGAGCCAGCAUGUCUUUCGCCGCUAACCGAUGGGCUCGCGUAGGAUUCCGAUGGAGACGAUUGCAGCUCGUACGAAGACAGCUCAGCUACUACCACCAUCAUCAACCGGCGGCUCCGCUUAUACCCCUGACAGUGGCAGAUGCCGUCGACCGGGCAGCAGCUACUCACGGUGAUAACAUCGCCGUCACGUCAUGUCAUCAAGGCUUAAGAAAGACCUACGCGCAAUACAAAAAUGAUAUUGACCACCUGGCAGCUGGCCUGGUUUCUCUUGGCCUGCCCCCUUGCUCCACGGUUGGAAUCAUCAUGACCAACAUGUACGAAUGGGCACUCGUACAGUUUGCCGCAGCAAAAGCUGGGCUUGUACUGGUGAAUAUCAACACAGCGUGCAAGACGCCGGAAUUUGAGUACUGCCUGAGUAAUGUGUGGUGGUAUACGCUGCCUGUACUGUCAAAUUGCCUAACGCGCUUGUGCUGUUUGCAGAUGGACUGCCGAGCCCUCGUUAUGUCCGACAAGUUUGCAAGACAAGACUACUAUCGCAUGCUUCUCGAAAUAGCUACGGAACUGGAAAGGUCCACACCUGGAGAGCUCAAGAGUUCGAGACUGCCGCUUCUGAAGCAUGUGAUCACGGUGAGCGACAAAAGCAUGCCAGGGACUCACUCGUACGCAGACCUCCUCGACUCCGUGACGAGAGAGCACCGUGAGGAGAUGCACACAAUCUGCUCUCGAAUGCAGUUCGACGCACCGGUCAACGUCCAGUUUACCUCGGGCACAACCGGAAAGCCCAAGGGUGUGACCCUCUCUCACUUCAAUAUCCUCAAUAAUGCCUACACAGUUGGACACAUCAUGGGAUACCACAAACAGCACGACUCCAUCUGCUUGAACGUGCCCAUGGUCCAUUGCUUCGGCUGCGUCCUGGGUACAACGUGUGCGAUGCUCUUCGGCUCCACGGUCGUCAUGCCGGCUCCCAGUUUCAACGGUGCAGCUGCAUUGAAAGCUAUUGCUGCAGAAAGGUGCUCAACGGUGUAUGGAACGCCGACAAUGUUUAUUGAUAUGAUCAGCGGUCUGGACACGCCUGGUACUCACCAUGAUGUUUCGUCCGUUUCGAAAGGUAUCAUGGGCGGAGCUCAGUGUCCACCGGAAGUCCUUAAAGGCGCAAUGUUCAAACUAAACGCAAGACAGUUGCACGUGUGUUACUUUCUGAUCGGUUACGGCAGUACGGAAUGCAGUCCCGUAAUUACUUUCUCGGACCCCAGUGAGCCGCUGGAGAAGUGGAUACACACUGUUGGCAAGCCAAUUGAUCACGUGGAGGUAAAGGUUGUGGACAAGGAGGACCGCAUAGUACCGUUCAACACUAAAGGAGAACUGUGUGCCAGGGGCUACCUUGUCUUUCGCGGUUAUUACGGGAAUGAGCAGAAGACGCGAGAAGUAGUCAGGAGCAACUGGUACCAUACUGGUGACGAGGCAACGAUGGCAGAAGAUGGUCACGUGACAAUCUGUGGACGUAUCAAGGACAUGAUUAUCCGCGGAGGCGAAAACAUUUAUCCGCAAGAGAUUGAGGAGGUCCUCUACACCCAUCCAUGUAUUGAAGAGGUGCACGUCUGUGGCGUUCCGGAUGACCGGCUCGGCGAAGAAGUCUGUGCGUGGGUAAAAGGGAAAAGUGAGAAGAGCAUGGAAGAAGAGGAUGCUACUGCAGAGAAAAAUUAAGCCACUUUAAGGUUCCCAAGCACGUCAUGUUUGUCAGAGGAUUUCCCAAGACUGUGUCUGGCAAGGUUCAGAAGUCCAAAAUGCG